AUGGGCUCUGCCAUUGAAUCGCCCAGACGGAAUAUCCUGUUCUUGAUAGCAGAUGACCUGGGCAAAUGCUUGCCUUGCUAUGGCGCCAAGGGGCUGAACACGCCCAACAUCGACAAGCUCGCCGCCACCGGAACAGUCUUUGACAAUGCCUUCACCAGUACCGCUUCCUGCAGUGCCAGUCGGACAGUCAUGUAUACUGGUCUCCACCCCCACGAGAAUGGACAGUACGGUCUCAUGGGGGGUGUCAACCACUACCAGUCAUUUGACCACAUUCAGUCGGGAGCCUUGCUCUUCAACUCCCUUGGCUACCAGACUGGUAUCAUCGGCAAAGUCCACGUUGGACCGCCCAGCGUCUUCCCAUGGGCAGUCCGCGAGGAGAGCGAGACAAGGAACGUUGCCUGGACGGCAGAACGAGCGGAAACAUUUUUCCAAGAAACUCAGGCGUCUGAGAAACCCUUCUUCCUCACCGUGGGGUAUGUCGACCCUCAUCGGGACAUUACCACCAGAGGCGGCUUUGGCAACCAGGAGGACUGCAAAGGCACAUUCACGGCGUCGAACAUCCAGCUUGAUCAAGUCGAGAUCCCAGACUGGCUGACAGACGUGGAGGAAACCCGCCAAGAGUACGUGGAGUACUACAAGGCCAUUGAACGGCUUGACCAUGGCAUCGGACUGAUGCUCGACGCGUUGGAUCGUCAGGGUCUGACCGACUCGACUCUCGUAGUCCUCUGCAGCGACAACGGCCCCCCGUUCAUCAAUUCCAAGACGACUCUCUAUGAUGCAGGCGUGCGGUUGCCUUUCAUUGUCCGUCAGCCAGGCGCGUCGGCCGCAGGGACGCGCAACCCUAAUAUGAUCAGCUACAUUGACAUCCUCCCCACGUUUCUCGACUGGGCUGGUGCUCCGUCAGACUUGUCCGCGCCGGUCGAGGCGGCACCAGGGCAAAUCCAUACGAUGGAAACGCGGCCGCCUCCGCAUCCCAAGCGUCUAGGGCGCUCAUUCCUAUCCAUACUCGGCCGAGAGGAACACUUGGAUGCGCUGGAGUGGCAGCAAGAGGUCUUUGGCUCGCACACCUUCCACGAAAUCCACAACUACUGGCCAACACGCUUCCUCCGCACCAAGCGGUUCAAGUACCACCGCAACAUUGCCUGGCAGCUCGACUUCCCAUUUGCCUCGGAUCUGUACGCCAGUCUGUCUCUCGAGGGCAUCCGGAAACAGUCGACGGCCCAGACUGGCGGGGACGUGAUGGUGGGCGCCCGAUCUCUCAGGCAGUACAUCAAGCGUCCCGUCGAGGAACUGUACGAUAUGGAGGCGGAUUCUCUUGAGGUGAACAAUGUGGCGGACAAGGAAGAGUUCAGAGGUGUUCUGGAGCAGAUGAGAGCCCGCGUCGAGGCGUGGCAGUUUCAGACGGGUGACCCUUGGCUGCUGCGCGACGGUCAAAGCGUGCACGCGCUACAGAGGUACGCGCAGGAGGAUUUGAGAGUUCCGGGGGCGUGGGACUUUGUUGUGGACGGCACCGCGUAUCGUCGGAUGAAGAUGAGGCGGGUAGAUGAUCCGCUGCAAAAGCAUGAUGAACUGUAG